CGGGGCAAACGUCACGAGUCCCAAAUCCUCCAUGGAGCAGAAGAGGAGUCUGGACGGGAGCAAUGGAGGAGGAGGACACGUGAGGAGUAUGGAGGAGGUAGAGUUGUGUUAGUGGAGCGACUCAAGAGUUUAUUUCCGGGAGGAAGAAGAAGAAGAAGAGGAAGAGGGAACGGGAGCAGCAGCAGCAGCAGCAGGUGCAUGUGGAUGGCGAUUAAAAAAAAACUCGAGACAAACUCUCCACGCGAUUCAAACACAACCGAUAAAGACAUUUGAAGAAUUGAUCUGAAGCGAGGUGAAGCUUCGAGGGAAACUCUUUGCAUCGCUUUUGAAUCCCAGGGGGGAGAAGCACCAGGGACCAGGCUGCGUCUCGUCCCCGGUUCUCGUCCCCGGUUCUCCACCGCAAACAAAAACAAACAUGGAGAAAGUGACCGGAAACUUUAAAGUCCACUGCCCGGCCCGUCGUGAAGUGUGAGCGGGAAGCAGAACUCACGGCAGCUCGGUGGGUUCAUGGUGAGACUGAAGCUGUGAUUUAUUUAGUUUCUGGGGGACAUGACCGGGAUGCAGGAGGCGAUGGAGAAGAAGUACCGGGCGGCGAAUGGAAGCUCCGCCGCCGGAGGAAGAGCUAAAGACCGGGUGGAAAGGGUGGAUCCAUAUGGCUUUGAGCGCUCAGAGGACUUUGACUAUGAGUCAUACGAGGAGCUCAUGUCCGAGUAUCUCAUUGUGCUCACCCAGCGGUCAAUCAAGUGGUCCAAACUGCUGAAGGGCAAAAGCAAGGUGCAGAAGAAUGUAAAAUUAAAGCGUUAUGUGCGUAAGGGGAUUCCCAAUGAGCACCGGGCUCUGAUCUGGAUGACGGCCAGUGGGGCUCAAGACCAGUUAGAGAAGAACCCAGGAUACUACCAGUCCCUGCUUGGUGCCAAACAUGACCCUAAACUGGUGGACACCAUCUGUACAGACUUGAACAGAACAUUUCCAGACAACCUCCAGUUCCGUAAGACGUCCAGCCCAUGUCUCCAGAAAGCUCUGUUCAAUGUGCUGGUGGCUAAUGGUCACCACAAUCCCACUGUGGGCUACUGCCAGGGGAUGAACUUCAUAGCUGGCUAUCUGCUCAUCAUCACAAAAGAUGAAGAGAAAUCCUUCUGGUUGAUGGAUGCACUACUCAGCAGAAUAUUACCAGACUAUUACAGUCCAGCCAUGCUGGGGCUGAAAACGGACCAGGAGGUGUUGGGGGAGCUGGUGAAGAUUAAAAUCCCUGGUGUGUGGCAGACCAUGGUGGAUCAUAACGUCAUGUGGACCCUCGUGGUCUCCCGAUGGUUCAUCUGUCUCUACAUAGACGUCUUGCCAGUAGAGACUGUUCUGCGGAUCUGGGAUUGCCUGUUCUACGAGGGAUCGAAAAUCCUUUUCCGCGUGGCUCUGACACUGAUCAACCAGAACCAGGCUCUGAUUCAACAGGCCCAGUCGAUGCCAGACGUCUGCCAGACCUUCAAGCAGAUCGCCCAAGGACCAUUUGUGGAUGAAUGCCACACGUUCAUGCAGAAAAUCUUCACGGAGCCACGAAGUCUCUCCAGGGCAACCUUGACUAAGCUGCGGGCGACAUGUCGAUCUCGCAUCAUUGCAGAAGAAUCCUGACCAUGACCCAGACUGAUUCACCUGCUGCUCAAACUCAAACAGAUUCCACUGGGAGGAGAACCCAGCCGCUUGUUUGCACCUUUUUAAGACUCAAUAUCGCUACAACUACUCUGUGUAGUUUUUGACUUAAACAUGUUUCCAUACAAUCUACAUGUUUUCUAUAUGAUCAUAUGAGAAUAUUAGUCAUGUGCUGUAUUAGCUGAAGAUUUUAUUUCAACUUAAUGUGCUGUAGUUUAUCUUCUUUUGGUAAAUGGGGACUAAUGCACUUUACUCUGGUCAGUCAGAGACACUGAAGAGAGCUGGUUUGGUGGCAAAUGGCCUGAUCUGAUAAAACGUGUCAACAGAGGAACCUGCCUGCGACAUUUCACAUUAUUGUGUCUGGAAUGAAUAUUAUAGAGAGCGGUAAGAUGUACUAUGCUGGCACAAUCCAAUGUGAAUCAUAUUGAUUUCACGACAGAAACAUCUUUUAAACAAUUCUUCAUCUGAUGCUUUUCAUUCUUUCUGCAUUAUGGUGAAGCAAUUAAAGGGCUGCUCUCGUUUUCUAA